AAAAGGGAUAUUUUCGGAAAUUUUCCAUCUCUACUCCCGUCAACCCUAGCCAAUGCAACAACCGUGAGGCAUGACGGAAGUUGCAGGUAACCAGCCAGGUAGGCACGACGAAGUCUCCAUAGGGGAGCGUUCCAAUCUCUACCGGAAGUUCAGGUCGGACGUUAUCUCCGGGUGGCCGCUCUAGCCUUCUCCCUUAAGCCACCGCCUCCUCCUCCUCCUCCUCCCGCGCCCCUUCCUCUCCCUUGAUGUCACGUGGGGGCAGAAUCAGCUGAUCGUCCCUUCCGUUGCCGGCAGCGAGGCUCGGAGAAAAGAGAGGCAAGCGGCGACGCCGGCAUGGCCGCCUCGGUGGGGCCGGGGACCCGCACCAAGACCAAGAAGAAGCAUUUCGUGCCGCAGCGGGUGAAGAUCCUCCGCUCCGCCGACCCUCUCCUGGGCGUGUUGGGCUGGGGGAUCAACCACCAGAUCAGUGAGCUGAGCCAAGUUCCCCAGCCAGUGAUGUUACUUCCUGAUGACUUCAAAGCAAAUUCCAAAAUAAAAGUGAAUAAUCAUCUCUUCAACAGAGAGAACCUUCCUGGCCAUUUCAAAUUUAAGGAGUACUGCCCACAGGUCUUCCGCAAUCUCCGUGAACGCUUCAGCAUAGAUGACCAGGAUUAUUUGGUCUCGCUGACCCGCAGCCCACCAACCUAUGAGACUGAAGGUGGGGGACGCUUCCUCUUAUCUUAUGACAGGACAUUGGUCAUCAAAGAGAUCUCCAGUGAAGAUGUGGCUGAUAUGCACAGCCUUCUGUCCCAUUACCACCAGUACAUUGUGAAAUGCCAUGGCAGCACCCUCUUGCCCCAGUUCCUGGGCAUGUACCGACUCAGCGUGGACAAUGAAGAGAGCUACAUGUUGGUCAUGAGGAACAUGUUCAGCCACAGGCUUACCGUGCACAGGAAGUAUGAUCUGAAGGGCUCCCUGGUGUCCCGAGAAGCCAGUGAUAAAGAGAAGGGCAAGGAACUGCCAACUCUGAAAGACAUCGACUUUCUGAACAUGAACCAGAAGGUGUACAUCAGCGAAGAGGCCCAAAGAGACUUCAUGGAGAAGCUCAAGCGUGACGUGGAGUUCCUAGUGCAACUAAAGAUUAUGGGCUACAGCCUGCUGCUAGGGAUCCAUGAUGUGCAGCGAGCUGAGCAAGAAGAUGAGGAGGAAGUGGAAGAGGAAGAGGGAGACGGUGAGCCUGCGCCGUCAGUCGGUUCCUAUGGCACCUCUCCUGAGGGCAUCGGUAGCUAUCUCAACUCCCAUAAGCCUCUGGGGCCUGGUGACUUCGACCCUUACAUCGACGUCUAUGCCAUCAAGAGUGCUGAAAAUAGUCCCCAGAAGGAGGUUUACUUCAUGGGUCUCAUUGACAUCCUCACACAAUACGAUGCCAAGAAGAAGGCUGCCCAUGCAGCCAAGACUGUCAAGCAUGGGGCGGGUGCUGAGAUCUCCACAGUGCAUCCAGAACAAUAUGCCAAGCGCUUUCUGGACUUUGUCACUAAUAUAUUUGCUUAGCAGUUGUGCAGUUAUCGUCUUGUUGGGCCAAAGAAUCAGAUCAAAGGCUUUCCUGUCCCCUUGUAUUUUCCCCUUACCCAAUUUUCAGUAGGAGAGAUGAUUCCUUCUCUCCCCGCCCUUGCUGUCUUGAGUCAGUAGAAGAGUUGGGUGAACUUCAUGUGAGCCCCAUAAUGAGUGGUCCAAGAGAUGACUGUGGAAUCAAGUGCCUUAACUUUGAUCUUCUGUCGGGAUGAAUCACGGCCCAGAAUACCAAAGAAGCUGUUCAGGAACUGCCCUUGGAGGCAGCCUCUCUGGCUCCCCAGAGAGAGCAGUAGAAUGAAGCCCGGCUUGCAAUAUGUAUCCCAAUGCCAACCACCUCUAUCCCUUAAACCAUACCAGUGGUACACCAGAUGGUGACUCUGGUUAGGGUGAGAGCCAAUCUUGGUUAAAUGGUUUUUUUUAUUAUUAUCCUGAGACAUAAUAAUAUGCAAUAAGAAUUUAGUCUUGUGCCUUGGAAGGAGGAGGUUGAAUGGAAUCUUUCCUAUUUAAUACAAUCAGUUUCCUUUGAGAGUGACUGAUAUAGUUAACCCUUUGCUACCCAGCAGUACUGCCUCCUUGUUUCAAACCUCUUAUGCUAAAUCUUUACCUCUUCCUCACCCCUGCUUCUCAUCCUUCCUGAACGAUUGCACUGUAUCCUACCUCCUGGGAGAGGUUUUGGUCCUUCCUAGCAAGUACAGACUAUGUUGCUUAUGAACACCCUAAGAUGCACUCCAGUUCCCUUGGGCUCUUUUUCUCUCUGGCACGGUAGCCUCUUCAAACUUCAUUGCCUCUGUUGUGCUCCCAACUGUAGCACUUCUGCUAGGACCCAGUGAUUUCACCACUUUGGUGAUGCUUUUCCUCCAUCCCUCAGACAGUGAAUGUGGACUUGCACCAUGGGUGGGAGCUACCUGGAGGGUGGUGGUAGGGAUUUAGGAUUGGACCAUGUGGGGCACUUCCCCUGAGCCUCUGACAUAGCAUUUGACUUAGUGAGAGAAAAAUUGAUUCCUCUAUUGUGAAAAAAGAGAGAUUCUUCUGGUAUCUGUGUAAUGUUGCCAACCUUUUCUCUCAACCUAGUGGGUACUUGGCAAGAUUAGGUGGCUAUACUCUGUAACAAAGUUGUGUCAUUCCAUCAUAUGAACUGUGAUAGGCCCUGGCUAUCCGUCUCUCCCAUUCCAAAACUGCAGUCAAACUAAGGUUGAAAGCUCUGCCCUGUAUCUCAGGGCAAAAGAGGAUUAGAGGGGAGUUUUUCUAAAGCCCACCUUGGUGAGGCAUGAGGAUGGGAAAAGCCAUGGUGGAUGUUCUCUGAAGCCCUGAGUGUCAGUCUGUAUGUUUUUGCUGGUCAUCCAUUCUCCUCUGAAAGGGACUCAAGAUCUUUCCUGCCGUACAUGUGUACAUGUAUCUCAAACUAACCCGUGUGGGAACAGUCAGCCUCUGCCAGCAGCUGUUUCAAGAGACUCUUGACAACAUUAUGGAGCUCUGAGGGGUCUUAAUGAGGAUAUUUGUCCCCAAAUUCAGCAGAACAGGGCUCUUCCUCCGAGUUCACUCACUCCCCUACUGUAUACACGGCACUGCGUCCUCACAGGUCAGCCUCUCUCACGGACGUGGUCCACAGCAUGCCAUGGUAGCUGUUCCCCUGAUAAGGAGAAGAGGCCUUGCACAGGCUCCAGCCACGGCUGUGUUUGAUAAAGCCAUCCGAUUUGCCACACUGGGCCGAACCCAUGCUGCUGUUCUAUCCAUCCUCUCCUCUUAGUCCCUCUCAAGCUGCUGUUGGAACUGAUGCCAUUCCUCUACUCAAUGCAAUAAAACCUGUGCCAUGGGAACAUGCUUGUGUCGGGGUCCAGGGUUUGUACUCCUUCCUGCCUCUUGCAGUGUUUCUUUAUUGUAUAAGAUGUUGUGUACUUCCAGUUCACUCUUGUAUCAGUGGAAAUAAAUUAUUGAACCAAA